AUGUUUUUCCAGCAGAUCCGCCGGUACUCGGUGCAGAUCGCCGCGGAGAUCGCCAAUUGCGUGCGCGAGGGCGGCCCCGUGGUGGCUCUGGAGAGCACGAUCAUCACGCACGGCCUGCCGUACCCUGCGAACCUCGAGAUGGCCCAGAGCGUGGAACAGCUCGUCCGAGCCCACGGCGCGGUUCCGGCGACUGUGGGGUUUGUGAACGGCGUGCCGAAGGUGGGGCUGUCGCCGGGCGAUCUUGAGGCCAUGGCCCGGCCAGGCGACAAGCACAAAGUGUCUCGCAGAGACAUUCCGUACGUGAUGGCCCGGCAGCUUACGGGCGGGACGACGAUCGCUGCGACGAUGAUUCUCGCCCAUCGCGCGGGCAUCGACGUGUUUGCGACGGGCGGGCUUGGCGGCGUGUCGCGGCCGUUCGAGCUGAUGGACGUGAGCGCCGAUUUGGAUGAGCUUUCCAAAACACCCGUCGCCGUGGUCUGUUCGGGACCAAAGUCCAUUCUGGACGUUGCGCGCACGAUGGAGUAUCUGGAGACCAAGGGCGUGCCCGUUGCCACGCUGGUAGAUGGCGCCAAGACCGCGAACGUGCCCGGAUUCUACACGAGAGACUCUGGCGUGGCCUCUCCGUUUGUUCUGGAGACCGCGCUGGAGGCCGCACGGCUGGUGCACAGCGGCAAGGACGCGAUGCGGCUGGAGAACGGCUACGUUUUCUGCGUGCCGCCGCCGGCCGCUAUCGCGCUUCCGGCAGAGUACAUCGACCGGGUCAUUGCAGAGACGCAGCAGGAGGCAGAAAAGCUUGGUGUUUCGGGCAAGCAGCUGACGCCGUUCAUGCUCGGGCGCAUCAACGAGAAGACGGAUGGGCUGAGCGUGAAGUGCAACAUCGAGUUUGUGCGCAACAAUGCAGUCGUCGGGUCAAAAAUUGCCGCGGAGCUGGCACAACUGCGCAGCUCGUUCCAGCCGGUGCAGCAGCCUGUCCAGGACAGAGCGCAGACAUCCGCCAAGGCAGUGGUCAUCGGGUCGGUCGCGCUGGACUCCACCAGCACAGUUGGCACCGUCCGGCUGCACGACUCGUGUCCCGGCCGAACAGAGUACUCUGUUGGCGGUGUCGGCUUCAACGUGGCUCUGGCCGCGGCGGCCGUCGGCGGUCCCCAGAACGUGGCGCUGGUCUCAGGUCUGAACCAGGCAGACGUCGCGGGCAAAACGGUCAUGGCUGCCUUUGCCGAACACGGCCUCAGAACAGACGGCCUGGUCGACCUUGCCGGCCGCACCGCGCAGUACACCUCCGUCCACGACGGCCGUGGCGAGCUCGUCAUUGCGUGCGCGGACAUGGCGAUCGUCGAGCAGCUUGCUCCACAGCACGUCGUGGCCAAGCUCGGGCAGCUGGACCCGAACUACGUGCUCAUGGACACCAACGUGUCGGAGACGGUGAUGGACGCGGUUUUCGACCACUGCAACGGCGCUACGCGGCUGGUGAUCGAGCCCACGAGCGGCACAAAGGCGCGGAAGCUCGCGAAAACCACAAAGCUCGGCUGUUUUCCUGAUAACAGAGUCCAUCUGGUCACCCCAACGGUUCUGGAGCUGGAAUCGCUCUACGACGCUUUCUACACCGCGGGCCGGUUCGAGGCGGUGUCCUCGUGGUUCAACGUGCUGGACUCGCUCAACAUCGGCUCUGCGCUGCGCAACAAGCUCGAAAAACAGCCACUGGCCAGAAAAUACCUCGAAAAAGGCGUGCUCCAGCAGGCGUUCCAGCUGCUACCAUACUUCCCUGCUAUUUUGGUGAAGGACGGCCGCAACGGCGUUGUGCUGGUGGAGAUCGUGGGGUCCGAGACGGCCGAGGGCGCGCCAUCCGCGGCGUUCAGCGUUCUCCACCGCGGCCGCAACGGGCUCGGCGUGCUCGUGAGCCACUACGCUGCGCCGAAAAUCGAGGAAAAAAACAUAAAAAGCGUCACCGGCGCAGGCGACAGUCUCGCGGGCUACCUGCUGGCAAAGCUCGCGCAGACUCGCGGGCUGCCCUUUGCCGCCGGCCGCGACGCUCUCGUGCACGGCGCCCAGCGCGCCGCCGUCGCAAGCUUGCACACCCCCAACGCCGUAAACUACACAGCCCUGGCGAAGCUCGAUUACGUAAGCACAGAGUAA